AUGUACAAGCUCAAACUACUCAUUGUCAAAAACAAUUCUGGAGUCACUCCAGCUGGUCUGUGUGGCACCUGGGUCAAAGAACCCGAUGGAGGACAGUUUACAUCCCCCAACUACCCAGAGAAAUACCCAGCAGACAGGGAAUGUGUCUACAUCAUUGAAGCUUCUCCAAGGCAAUGCAUUGAGCUAUUCUUUGACGAGAAGUAUUCCGUAGAGCCGUCUUGGGAAUGUAAAUUUGACCACAUUGAAAUACGGGAUGGACCAUUCCCUUUCUCGCCUAUAAUUGGACGUUACUGUGGACAAGAGAGUCCCCUGUAUGUGAAAUCCACUGGACGCUAUCUUUGGAUAAAAUUUGUUGCUGACAGCGAAUUGGAGGCAAUUGGAUUCUCUGCCAGAUACAACUUCACCCAAGAUCCUGACUUCAAGGACUUGGGGACUUUGCCACCACUUCCUAAUUGUGAUUUUGAGAUGGGCGGGCCAGAAGGCAUAGUGAAUUCUAUUAUGAUAUCGAAGGAGUCGAAAGUCUUAGACACACAAGCUGUGGACUGCAGAUGGUUCAUUCGAGCCCCUACUAACUCCAAGAUAUACUUGCGCUUUCUGGAGUAUGAGAUGCAGAACUCGAACGAGUGCAAACGCAACUUUGUGGCAGUGUAUGAUGGGGGCAGCUCUGUGGAGAACCUGAAGAACAAGUUCUGUAGCACCGUGGCUGUGGAUGUGAUGCUGAACACUGACCUGGCCGUUGUUCGCUUGUGGGCCGACGAGAAGAGUCGGAAGAGCCGCUUUCGCAUCCUGUUCACCACGUUUCAAUCACCUCCGUGUGAAGGAGACCUGUUUUUCUGCCAUAGCAACAUGUGUAUCAACAACACCCUGGUCUGCAAUGGAAUACAGAACUGUGUCUACCCCUGGGAUGAAAAUGGUUGCAAAGAGAAGAAGAAGCCAAGUGUCUUGGACCAGUUGGACCAUGUCAACAUCACCAUCAUUUUAGUGACCUGUGGCGUGGUGAUGAUCCUUCUCAUUGUGUCUGGUAUCAUCCAGUGUAAGCAGCCACGCAAGAAAUACAUUGCGGCGCGACGGGAUGAUUUCGACCCCAACCUGUUCCACGAGGCCUUCGAGCCACCGCACUAUGAACUGUGCACUCUGCGACGUGACACUGCGGGAGACAUCGACGAAAUGGCUCCGGACUUCAACAAGCUGCGUCGGUCGUCCUCAAAGUGCAUCCGUGACCACCACUGUGGCUCGCAGGCCUCCAGUGUCCGUGGCAGCCGCACUGACCUGAGUCUCCGCGACGCCGCGGCCGCUCUGGCUGACCCCCAAUCGACGCUCCCCCACAUGCCCCUCCACCACCCCAUGCACCACCCCACCACCGUCACCACUCCCAGUGGCCGAAGGAGCAUCCUGGUCAUGAAGCACAGUUACUCGCACGACCGAGCAGAGGACUGUGACCCAGACCACGACGAGCUGGACGAAGGACCCAGCCACGGCCGGGGGAGACUGGAGAGAGGCGUGCACCGGUCAGUAUCCAAUGAUUUCUAA